AUGGCGGAGCAUUAUCUGAGGGCGAGAGCUCCUGGCCCGAGGUCUAAGAUGGAGGAUAGUCUGCUAAAGCUCAACACAGAUGCUGUUGUUCCUAUAGAAAGAGAUGUUGUUGGGUUGCGAGGUGUUAUUUAUGACCACCAUGAGCAUGUGAUUCGUUGCUACUCUAUGGGGCUCAGGGGUCCUAUGACUGUGGAUCAUACGAAGCUGUUGGUUGUCCUGGAAGAUAUUCGCUUUGUUUGGCGUAUGAACUGGAGGAUUUCGGUGGUGGAGGUUGACUCCCUAAGGGUUGUCUUCUUGGUGAACUCUCAUUCUCCUUUUGCUACUAUGACUUCUAUUGCAGAUGAAGUUCACGCUGGUUUGUCUACUAUUGGCCGAUCUAAAGUUUCUUAUGUAAGGCGCACUGGUAAUGGUGUUGCUCAUGCCCUAGCUAAGUCGGUUGACUGUUUGUCCUCUUAUUUUUGGUCUGUUUCUAUCCCUCUAUUUUUGAGACAAAGUGUUGUUGAGGACUUGACUGGUUAA